CAUUCUUUACAUCAUUCAGAAAACCAGCUUCGGAAAAAAAAAAAAUAAAUAAAUAAAAUAUACACGCACGCGCCUUUCCUCAGUUGGUUUCCUGGCUCUCAGUUAUGCGCGCUCCAUAACUGUUAGAAGCGCGUUCCUUCAACCUUCGUUCUCCUCCACCCUCAGAAAAGCAUCCACGGCAUCUUUCUCUUAACAGAGGGAGAGGCUCAGCUUUGAAAGCAUAGACUGGCCACAAAAACAUAAAAGAAGAGCGGCAAGUUAAACAGGCAGGGUCAAGUACUCACCAUUCCAGGUAACAACACAGGGGGUGCCGAGUGACCGAAGAGAAGAUGGAAGGUGGUGCAUAUGGAGCUGGAAAAGCAGGGGGUGCUUUUGAUCCCCAGACCUUUGUAAGGCAACCGCACACCAUCCUUCGUUUUGUGUCUUGGGUCUUUUCCAUUGUUGUGUUUGGAUCAAUAGCCAAUGAAGGUUAUGUGAACAAGCCAAGUGAGGUGGAGGAAUUCUGCAUCUUUAACCGAAAUCAAAAUGCUUGCAACUAUGGUGUCACCAUUGGUGCUCUUUCUUUCAUCAGUUGUAUGCUGUUCUUAGCACUUGACAUCUACUUCCCACAGAUAAGCAGUGUAAAGGAUCGUAAGAAGGCAGUACUUGCUGAUAUAGGCGUAUCUGCUUUCUGGGCAUUCCUCUGGUUUGUUGGAUUUUGUUUUCUGGCCAAUCAGUGGCAAGUCGCAAAACCUGAAGAUAACCCUUUAAAAGAAGGGGCAGAUGCCGCUCGAGCAGCCAUUACUUUUUCAUUCUUUUCCAUCUUCACUUGGGUGGGUCAGGCAUUCUUUGCUUACCAGCGGUAUCGUGUAGGUGCUGACUCAGCUCUGUUCUCCCAGGACUACACAGACCCAAGUCAAGAUGCUGCAGUUCCAUACUCCUCAUACGCAAGUGGGAAUGAUCUAGAAUCGCCAGGGACGUAUCAGCAUUCACCUUCCACGGAUGCAUUCAGUGCUGGAACUCAAGGAUAUCAGACCCAGAACUACUAAUCUGCUCCUGGGUGAGGCCAGCCAAUCACCGAAAUAAACAUGUAUAACAAUUAAAAUAAUGCUAAUAAAUGCAUCUAAUGAUGGGUGAGCAGAAAAAUGUGAUGACUUCCAUGAUCCUUGAUGAAGGUCCUUCAGAGUCAGCUUUGUUGUUGUGAGAAUUAUGCUAUCACCAUUUAUUUUUGUGCAGAUUGUUUCAGUUUUCUGACACCUUACACAGAAAAUUCCUCAGGGAGAAGAUUCAGAUCGAUCUCUGAAGAAGUCUCUGAUGAUGCAAGCUAAAUGACAAAAGAAGUAAAAAAAAUGUGUGCUGUCAUGAUACGUCAUACAAUGAGAGAGAUUGUCAUUUCUUCUUAAGAUGUUUCCAUGCAGGUAAAAUUCAGGAUUCAUCUGUCACAAAACUGACAAAUAUGCCCUUGAUUUUUAACAUGUAGGGAUCCUUGUUUAUCAAGUGAACACUGCUUUGCAUUGCACUUUGGUCCUUAUGCCUACCCACCUGACUAGUAGAAUGGAACCUGAGAAGCUGCUUAUAUAUAUAUAUAUAUAUAUAUAUAUAUAUAUAUAUAUAUAUAUAUAAAGAGACCCCUUUGCCUUCCCCCUUAAAACAUAAACACUUGUGCUAUUUACCAUCGGUAACCCUUUCUGUAGUACUUGGUGAGUUUGUAGGUGUUGUGUUUUACAAAUGCAUCAUUUUUAACAAAACCAGCAGGUACUUACAAGAGUGUUCAUGGAAUGUCAAGUCCAAGGAGUAGAAACGUCAACUUUACAAGGGUUUGCUUAAUUAGGGAUUCCCUAGUCACAUAAAAGUACUGAAAUUUAAUUUAUUUAUUUUUAUAUCAGACAAAACACAACACUUUUUUAAUGUUGGUGUUUGAUCCAGAAUCCUGCAUACCAGGUGGAUGUACCAUCUUUAUACUUUUUCACACAUUUAAGUUAAAUUGAGUUGAUGAAGCCAACAUGGUUGCAUAUUAUUUUUAAUGUAGGGUAAUAAAAACAUUCUCAUUUUAAAGCUCAGCUCUGCUCAAGCUGGUCUGUAUUUGAAAACAAGAUACCCAUACAUAGCUUGUGUAACAAACUUGAAAAAGAGUAGAGUUGUCUUAGCUGUCAUACUUCUAGUUUCUUUCUCUUGUUUUACUUUGGAGCAAACAAUGAGAAGAGUAAUUUGCAGCGCACCUUUAGAAGGGUGGGGUUGGAGAAUAAUUAUGGUUUUGAAAUGGGAAUACCUGUCGCAUAGUGUGAAACUGUUUCACUGUGUAAUGUUCUCUCCUCAUGGUAUGACGUCAGUGAUACCUUUCACUGGCAAAUAAUGACCAUAUACACACAUACAUGCACUGUGCUGGGCAACAGAUAAACAGGAUAUUCAGUUACACUGAAAUGUCUUUAAGGAGUAAGAAGUGUGGAUAGUGCGAUGGAAUGCAUUAUGACAAAUCUAUACAAGUUAUGUAAAAGGCAGGUACUGAGCCUUCACUGUCUGUCCAUAUUGGUUACUCUGCUGCUUAUACAUUCAUUGAUCAGUUCUGUAUUUAGGAUGGUAUAAUUAAUGUUCUUUAAUCUUCUUUCUUGCUGUGCCUCAUUUUAACUUGUGGCACUUUUGCACACAGCUCAGGCACAUAAGAUUGAGCAGAGGGUGCAGGCUUCAAGUAAGCAGUAAUUCAUAGUAGGAGUAUGUAUGUUGUAUACUAUUUCUUUCAGCAAAUCAUCACAAGGUGUUAGAAGGCUGGUGUUACAAACUACAUGAGAAGCAGACAGCAGAUGCAGCUCACAGCACUUGUCCUGAAUUGUAUUGUUGCAAUUGUAAAAUAGGAAAAUAAUUUAAAAAAUAAAUAUUUGUUACAAACAA